AUGUUCUACCGCCACGACACCGUUGACGAGUUCCGAGAUGCUCAAGUGCAUGGCACCACCAUGACUUCCCCGAAAGAAGGCAUCAAGAAAGAGACCGACAAUACAACACCCAGUCAUUCUGAAACAAACAUGGGCGAGACUUACGUUAAGCGUAGCUACCUCGAACGACUCAAGCUCUGGAGCCACCGAGACCCUCGACAGCCAAACAAUUUCUUCAAAUUCAUGUUUAUCCCCAUCUAUCUACUGAGAUAUCCAAGCAUUGUGUUCUCUGGUCUACUUGUGGGCAGUGUUCUAGCCUGGUACAAUGUGCUCCUGGGUACAAUGACCUCCGUGUUUGGCGGCGCUCCGUAUCAUUUCAGCGCAAACAUGAUCGGCUUCACCUACCUUGCUUGCGUGAUCGGCACUAGUCUGGGUUGCUUCAUUGCUGGAUGGCCGAAUGACAAUCUCGCUACCUGGGCAGCGCGAAGAAACAAUGGUGUCAAGGAGCCCGAGGCUCGACUUUGGGCGGCCCUUGUUCCUUUGAUACUUCACCCAGCUGGGUGUAUUCUCUAUGGCGUUGGUGCCGCGCACCAGAUUCACUGGAUUGGGCUGUGUGUUGGCAUUGUGCUGGUAACAUUAUCCAUUGUCAUGGGUGCCAUUUAG